AUGUCGGGUCCUAACCCCCGUACGACGCUCCCCGUCCAGAGCCCCGACUCAGCGGACAUUUCGCCCAAGACCCCGUUGCAGCCCAAAGACAAGUCCAAGGCGGAUUACUUCUCCCUCGAGUCGCAGAAGAAAGAGGAGGAUGCUAAGGGUGGAGAUGCUGGAGCGUUGAGCCGUGCUACGACACUCUCGAGCUUUGCAAGUCCGUCUUUGGAGAGCGCAAAAGGAAGCUUCUCUGCCGAAUCGUCCAGGACCGAGUCGUUCGCCGGAAGGCAUAGGGGGUCGUCGAUAGGAUCGCUGACGUUUGCACCGGUUCGAAACCUAUCGCUGCCGCAAGGAGCCAAGAGAACAACAGACAAGGAGCGCAUUAGAGCGUCGUCUCCUGCUCAUGACAGGUUCCAGACACAUGUCGCAUUCGACAAUCUGCCGCUGGGCGAGGCCACUAAGAACAACACGCCGUCGCUGACAUUGAAUGUCAGACAUAAGGGGUACCAGGCACAGAGGAGGUCGCGUACAUUCAUGGUCGGCGUCGACGAGCACUCCUAUUCCGACUAUGCGUUGCAAUGGCUGCUCGACGAGCUUGUCGAUGAUGGCGACGAGAUUGUGUGCGUGCGCGUUAUCGAAAAGGAAGUGCGCACCGAUAACGAUGCGUACCAAAAGGAUGCCAAUAAGGUUAUGGAGUCGAUUCUUAAGCGUAACGGCGCAAACCGAGCCAUCAGUGUUGUUUUGGAAUACGCCUGCGGAAAACUGCACUCGACCUUCCAGAAGCUGAUCCAAAUCUACCAACCUGCUAUGCUCAUCGUAGGUACCCGUGGUCGAUCACUCGGAGGUCUCCAAGGCCUCGUCAACACCCGAAACUCCUUCUCCAAGUACUGUCUGCAGUACUCCCCGGUUCCCGUCGUUGUCGUUCGCCCGACCGAGAAGCGAGAGAAGAAGAAGAAUAAGAGACAGAACGACUCGGAGCGACAGACAUACGUCAAAAUGCUGUCAGCAACGGGGGGCAAGCAUGAGGCCGAUAGCGAGCGCAGCAGCAUGUACGAGGUCGAAAUCAGGCAUACACCGGACGAGGAAGCCCACCAGGUGGCGAAGGCACUUGGACUGCCUGCUUCUUUCGAUCCCACCAUUAAGCCAAUCGACCCCAAUUCGUAUCUACAGCCAAGAGGAUACAGCAACCUGUCACAGACUACGUCUGCAGCAUCGGCCAAAGCACCGCCUAGCACGACCGGCGAUAGCGACGACGAUGACGAUGAGGAGGAAGACGAAUUCGAAGUCGUGUCUGGCGACCAGCUCAUCAACUCGAACCAGAAGGAAAGGCUCCACAAGAUGGAGGUCGGUGAGGCUGCCGCUCUGCUCCGCGAGAACCGGAAGCCGAGUCUUGACUCUACCGGAAAUGCAGAGGAUGAUGAGGAUGACGACUCGAAGGAGUCGCGCACUAGUAGCACCGGUUGA